AUGAUUGCCACAAAGAGUCAGGGAACACGACAUUCUCUUCCUCCCAAACCAAUGACUGCAGCUCCUUCAAUGAACGCUGAUGACACGAUCCGCAAUCAGGCCUCUCUUACCGAGAGCUGUAUUCUGAGCACCUAUGACCGUCAAAUGGAGUGGUCGACCACACAAUCAGGGUGUCUCAUGUGGAAUGCUCAAGGAUGGUCGACUACGCCACCCUUUCCCACCCCGUCGCUCACGGCAAGCUCCCUCUCAUCAUCCUCGCUUUUCGGAGAGCGCUCGCCCGUCCUUGGACCUUCAAGGGCUGGUAUCCACAUGCGCAACAACUUUGACGUUCCAUACAUGACGAACAUGUCGCCUGGAAAGAGUCUUGAGGAUGUCCCCUCGAUGGCACUUGCCGGUAAGACGGAUUGCGCUAGCGUACCACUACCGCUUCAGAAUGAUCUGCCUAGGUCACCGAAGCAGUGCAAAGGCACCAUGGCAUCAAUGUCGUCCUCAUUUAGUGGGCGCGCCGUGAUGGAUGCGCAAGGACGUGACACAAGUCAACCUUUGGAUGCCGCGUCGCUUCGCAUGGCUACGUCUUUCGCCAACCUAAGACAACCAACACCCUUGCUCAUUCCGAUGCAGCCUACCGGUGCCGGCGUUCCGCUUACCUCCGUGGUAGAGACCCUGUCUUCGAAAGGGUCCAAAGCAGCUGCCGAGGAUCCUGAAACAGUUGCUGCAGCUUACAAACUAAGCCAGUGGGGAAUUGGUAUUGGCCCAGGCAUCAAUCCGAAAGUCGCAUCCAGCCGUAACGGCACUCACGGCCGUGGCCGGAGCACUGCAAGCGAGCCCCCGAUCGUCAACACGGGCAACUCUGGCCCUAUGUGUGUACAACCAGGUGACUGGAUUUGCACGAGUUGUGGCUUUGUCAACUGGAGGCGACGAGAUGUGUGCAUGCGUUGCUUCCCUUACGCAGACGGCAAUGAGAUUGGUCGAGGCAUUCAAGGCGGCGAGAUGCUAGCCAAAAGGCUUGCCGCUGGCUUGGAAACAGAUACGGAGGAAUACAAGAGAUCCGUACAAGCCCUUUGCCCGGACAAAGGCAAGCGUGGCUCAGACACGAACACGCAACGGCCGAUUGUACACGAGCUGCCACGAAACCCUGUGCAGGCAUAUGGCUAUGGAGCUCCUACUUUGCACGGCUCAUCACCUCUUCCUCAAAUGUCAGACUCGAACGUCCAGCCGCGGAACCUGCUCGGCAUUCAUUUGGGCUCGAACAUGCCGCAACAGUGGCGACCUUACGUAGAAGUUUUGCCGGCACGAACCGACCCACUCAUAAGACAUGGUUACUACCAGCCGCCCGAACUCCAAGAACAACCAGCGCCUUCUGGCUGCGUCUCUUAUCAUCAGCAGCAAUCGUACCUCGUCGGCGAGCACAAUGAGGUCAAUAGCCCUUACAAGGUGUGUUCUUCGCAAAUGGACUGGACACCGAAGCCUGGUAUGGGGAUGAAUUCGGGUGGCUACGAGUGCUCGGAUCUUCCGCAACACGCUGCUUUGAACAGGACGGAGGCGUCGCCUGCGGAAAGGAGCCUUCUACGCUCCACAAUUCAGUCCGACUCACACGAGCUGCUGCCACAGCGGGCUAGUCACCAAGACCAGGCUUCGCUAUGCCGCCCUCUUUGCGCCGGUUGGUCCCCUACGCACACCUCGCCACGGGAGGCCUCGUCGAUUCCCUCGAGAGACAUCUGGGCUCCAGCGCCGAAACGACCCACUCAAAUCCGUGUCGAUCCUGAGGAUGAGGAUGUUUCACAAGAGAAGCGUGUCAAACCACAGCCUAUCGGCACUCGGUCCACCGGCGUUGGGGGAGGUGCCAGUCAUACGGCGGGCAACUCCAUGACUGGAGUGAAAUAA